UCCCAAGGUUCGAGAAAAGUGCAACAGAAUCACUCCAACCUAGCUAUAAAGGAAAACCAACCACCCCUAACCCAUGAAGUGAAAAAAACUACCCCCACCAAGGAAAAAAAAAGGAAAAAAAAAACAAAGGAAAAAAAUUCUUGCCUUAGCCCACUCUCCCUUCUCAACCUUUCUUCUUCACUUCUCCCUCUUGAAGAUCCGUGUGUAUCUCAGUCAUCAUGGUAUAAUGAUGAGCUUGUUCUGAACUUCUGAUCUUUUGUUUUAUCCAUAUCACCUUGCAAGUACAAGGCAUCUUCUUGUAGAGAAAUAAAAUAUAUAUGGCAGUAAAGGAGAGAACUAUGGGGAGUAGUCGUGGGUUGUUUAAGUCCUUGUUUGGAGCACUUGCAUUUGUAGGGUGUGUCUGGCUUUUGCUGGGAGGAGGGAUCCUGGAAAGCGGAGGAGCAAAAACGACAUCAAUGUUAGCAGCUCACUACUCCUUAGAAAAUCUCAAGCACAUGAAGGUGAUCGACAGAGAGAGGCUUGUUAUCCGUCGACAAUUAGAUCUCAACUACAUGAGCAAAAGAAGAGUUCCAAAUGGACCCGAUCCCAUACAUAAUAGGAGAGCUGGGAACUCUAGACAGCCUCCUGGUCAAAGCUUAGGCAGCAGAUAUUGAGAAGCUUCGGAAAAAGAGCGGAAGAUGAGACAAGUUGUCUGCCAUCUUCUAUGUAAUUUCUUAAAAAUGGGACUAUAAAUACUUCUGAAAACAUUGGAGGAAUCCCAGUUUGCAAGGUUCGUUUCUACUUACACGAAUUGUUAUGGCGAUAAAGAAGAGGAAGCUUGUCUCACACAAAAAGUACAUUCAAAAUUAGAAUCCUCAGAAAGAUUAAUCACAGCCUUUGCAGACACUCCACUUUAGUAUUCUUGGUGUUUCUUUAUAAUUUAUUAAUAUCAGAGAGGGAGAGAGAGAUGAUCACCAUCAUCAAUCUUGGCAUGUAAGAGAGACCAAAUAAGAAAAAUACUAUGAGUGCAAAAGUGGAUGGAACAGAAGCCGAUAAAUGUUCUAGCAGCCCCAUGCCUGCAAGCAUGUACGGGGGACAUGUGCUAAACUCUUAUCUAUCAAUCAAUCAUCUCUGGUUUUUGGCUUUGUUCAA